AUGUCUGCAGUCAAAUAUUUCUACAAGGGUCAAGAUACCGACUUUAUCAUUUUCGUUGAAUCCAUUGAAGGUGUUGAGAAUUAUCUAAAGGAUCCAUCUAUCAGCAAGCUGACUUCCGUUGUGGAAUUGUUCAAGGUCUUUACAAAUAGACAAGGCGAUGGUGCUGAAGGUGAAUUAGGUGAAGUUUCCAAUGCUCAACUUGAAAAUGAGUUUGGUAAGGGAAUCAAAAUCGAACAAGCCAUUGACAGAAUUCUUAGAGAAGGAUCCGUGAACGGUAAGGGUAACGUGAACAGCCACAAGUUCACCUCUACCAAUGACUCUCAUUCUACCUACUAA